AUCCACCACCACCACCAUCACCACCAUCACCAGGGAACAGCAUGACCGGGUUGCAAUUUUUGAUUUUGAUUUUCUUUCGACGGGGAGUCUGGUUGUGGCCCAGGUAGCAGCAUCGUCAACAUCAUCACCAGCACCAGCGAAUACACAGGCACAUACAUCCACACGUACAUAUUGAUACGGGCCUGCGUCAUUCCGUGCUACAACGCAUCCACCGCCGCAGACUCCCCCCCCAGGCCACGAAGGAUUGCCAUCAUGGAACCCACCAAUCGCGCUGACCAGCCACACCGCAGCUAUUAUGCAGCCCGACAACAGCAUGAUACAGCACCGUACGUGGAUUUGUACAGCACAGCAGUGCAAAAUACAAAAUGGAAGCGUGAAUAACUGUAUCCAAAACUACUCACCUAGAUACUUAUGUAUCCAUUUACUCGUCGGCGGUGCCAUGGGACGGGACAGUAGCGACUUGGAGGUGCCUUGACAACGGGCCAGCCUAGCAGCAGAGGGUGCGGCGGGCUACAGCUCACCGCCAUGUUGAAACGCUUUCAUUCUUAGGCUGCAUGGGGUUACCUCCGCGGCUAUCCAUCCACCAAACAGGAGGCCAUCGACUCGUGUUUCACUUCCUUCCCCGCACUGCUUGCUUGCCACCUCCGUCCAUGUACUUACUUACUCUUCCUACCGUCUGGGCAGCCUUGCUUGUCAAGUGCCUGCACGCUGCUUUUCCCAUCCGUGGCAUGUCAUAGCAUGCAAGAUGACAUGACAACCAUUCCCGCUCGAGGCUUGCUUGAGCUACCCCUCAUGCCCCGCUCCUCCCUCCUUAUCGCCAUUCACCUUGCUGAUAACAUUAUGUACAUGUACUUUGUAUUGCUCAUGGCUUUGCUACUCAAUAUGCCAUCCAUGUAGUCUGCCUAACCGAGCCCACAUACCCAGCAUUUCGCUGUCUGUCUCUCAAACAGCCUCAUCCUUCUCUGCAUUACCCUCUUCUCCCCCUACAUCACUCUGCACCCAACUUUGCUGCUUAGCCUUCUCCAGACACCUCGCUGCCGCUGCUCGAACCUUGACUAUUGCCCUCUGCGUUUCCCUUUCCCUCUCAUUCUCCUUGUGCACUUGCCCCAGUCUUUGUAGAAUCCGCCGCCGCCUUUGGCCCACCUCCGCACUGACUGGGCAGCCAUCAUCACAACCAUCCUCCAUGCACAUGUCCGGGAGCUGCAGCAUGCCUCUAGCAUGGUACCGAGCUUCUGCAUCCGGCUUGAUGCGGACUAUGUCCACACGUCGUUUAUCCGCCAUGCACCCCAGAGUAGCCGUGACUCGGUAGCCCAGUUUGAACAUUUGCGAGGCAUAGCCCACCAGCCAGGUGCCGAGAUCCUCGUGCAACUCUGCUUCUUCAAUGUCAUCCAUGACCAGGUUCAUUCUUUCAAUCGUAUCGUUGCUGAGAAUACAAUCCGUGUGUAUGCGGUCGAGCCCAAGGCAAUGACCAUCGAACCGACCGGGGAUCUUGUGCGUUGUAACCACCAGCUCGCUGUCGGGAUCAACCUCUUCGUUCGUCUUGACUUCCUUCAACCGGUGUUCUUCAUCGCAGGCCAGGAACCGUACCUCGUGCGGCUCACCUGAGUAGUGGACUUAGAUCAGCACAGGUUCAGCGCAAACGAUACUGGGGACACGACUUACUGGGAAUGGGUGAUUGCUAUCCACCAGAAGAUCCAGCGUCUUUUUCAGCAGACGCAAGCUCCGGUGUAUUCGACUGCAGCCGUCGCCGUUUAGUCGGACUGCCAACUCCCUCCUCUAUCUCCGCUGUUGCCCCCAAUCGCGAAUUGGCCAAACUGUUCUGCUGCGUCUGCAUAGUCAAUUUCCGUUUCGCCAACAGCGCCUUUGAUGCCUCCAUCAACUCGCGCAGCUUCUGCUGUCUCUCUUCCA